GGCAAGUUACUUCGUUUUUAUUUGCAUCAGUUGUUUUAAAUUGAAAACAUUACAAUUAUUUAAAUUGAUAAUUCUCUAUUGGAAGAUAGUUUGUCGACGUUCAAGUUAAGGUUAAUGUAGGCCGGCUGUUUUUUGAUAGAAUAAUGAGUGAAGGCCAAGAUAAUAAAGAUGAUGAGACACAUAAACAAAGGGCCAUUGCUCCUGUGGCCCCAAAAGUGUUCCUGCAAGAGGAAGGUCAAGUUGAAGUGUCCGCAAGUCCUGCCUUCCAGUGUCUUGAUGAGCUUUUUCAACAAGGGAAGCUAACAGGAACCAAGGUGGCACAACUGAAGGCAAGGUACACAGAGCUCCACAGACGGCUUGCCUCAACUAGGGAGUCUGAAUCUAAGUGUUUACAGAAAGCUAAGGAAGCGUCAGCAGUAUUAGAGCAACAGAAUGCUGAACUGGAGAAGGCAGACAACUUCCCAGAGAGCUCUAACACAGAGGUGACUAAGAUGAGGGUACAACUUUUAAAACACACAAAUGAAUUAAACCAGUCAGAAGAAAGGAAAUAUCAGUUUGAAUUCCAAAAAGAAAGUCUUCAAGAAGAAAAAAGAAUGCUCGAACGUGAGUAUAGUCGUCUUCCAAAGAAGGAUGAGAUUGACAAACAAACCAAAGAACUGACAAAAGGAAUUGAGGAUUUGCGAGUAGAAAUUGCACAAAGGAAAUUGGAAGCUAAAAAUUUAAGAGAAGAACUAGAAACAAAAAACAGACAGGUUAUGAUAGAGAAGAAAGAGAUGGAGAAAACCGUUGAACAGGUGGAAAAACUAAAAGAUGACCUUGUUCAGGUCCAUUCACUGCCUGGUCAGUUGGUCAAAGAAAUGGACAAGAUGAAUAAACAUAAAAAUGAACUUGAUAGAAAUAGAUCUGAUGUUGAUGAUCAGUACAUGGAACUUACAGUUCAACUCCAGAAACUGGUAGAGCUCUACCAUAAACUCUCCGACGAAAAGUUUGACAUGGAUAGAGAAAAAGAGCAACAGCAACAAGUACUGGCAGAUAGGCGGCGGCAAUUUGAUAACCUGAUGAAAGACUUUGAAUACAUGAAAGAAAAGGAAGCUGUUUGUCUUGGCGAUAGAGCGACCCUUGACCUUAGUCUGCGUCACAUUCACAUGGAGAAGAAGAACCAGCAUGAUAUUUAUGCCAGAAAACAACGAGAAAAAGAUCGAGAUUUAAGAAAUUUUAGAAAGACAGAGCUGCAUUUAAAAGUUGCCUCCGAGGCUCAAGUUCAUACGCAGACCAUUUAUGACAAAGUGAAGAGCCAAGCAGAUUCCGGACCGAAGGAUGAUGGGAGUUUAAUGGAGAAAAGAAAGGAUCUUCAGAAGGAAGUGGAUGAAAUUAAAAGGAAACUUGCUGCCCAGAAUUCAUUGACUGCGGUAGAACAAGUCAAAGUAGAACAAAGUAUUGCAGAGGAAGAACGGCUCUUGUACGAGCAGAGUGAUCUAAGAAUCGAGGUGGUGGAGUUGACGAGGUUAGGCGCUAUUAAAGGGGACGAGCGCGAGCAGAAGGCGAGGGACUUUAUGCGAGCCGAGUUGCGAUAUCAUCGCGCAUUAGAUGACCUGAAAGCCAAAGAUCUCGCGAUCAUAGAUAACAGGAAGAAACACCUGGAGAUGAUGAUCAGAUUGAAGGAUUUUGCUAAGAUGUAUGAUGUAAUCAAGAAUGAGAGGAACAAGUGCGUGAACCUGAUCCAGGCUAGUACUCAGAAAGCAGCCGAGAUGAGAGAAAAGAUAAAGAUACUACAAAAUGAGAUUGAAAUAUUAAGAACUGCGUGCAAUGCUAAAGAAAGGCAGUUUCAGAAAGCCAAAUUGAAACAUGUAAACGCUGUUGUAAUACGUGAUCAGUUACGCAAUGAUCUUGCGAAGCAUCAGCGGAUUGAAGAGGAAAUGCGAGAAAAGCGAGAACAGCAGAGAAUGGACAUUGCAAAGCUAAACCUGAUGAUAAACCAGGCGGAGGAGCAGAUGGUGAAGUUACGUAAACGAUACGAGAAUGCAGUUCAACACAGGAACGACAGAGGGGUCCAGUUGAUUGAGCGUAAUGAAGAAGUUUGUAUCUUCUACGAGAAAGUCAACAUCCAGGAUGACAUGAUACGCAAGGGUGAUGUUGAGCUGCAGUCACGAGAAGAGGAGAUCAGGUUCCUGAAGAUGCAAGUAACUGAGGAGAACAGAUCUAUUGGCCUAGCUAGGAAGACAUUACCCAAUAAGAAAGCCUUGGAGAGUGAGCUUGUCACCCUGCAGAUACAGUUGUCCCAGUGUCAGGAUCGAAUGUCUGAGCUGGAAAAACAACUGGAGAAUCCAUAUGAUGAGAGCCGUGUACGACUGCUGGAAGGAAAGGACUUGACUCCAGCUGAACUUAAUAAUAAAAUUGAAGAGCUUGAGAUACGAUUGGCUGAGAAGGAAGAACAGCUACUUGAAAAGGAUUUGAUCUUCGACCAAGUAUGUAAGCUGGCGGAGAGAGUCAAUCAGAAGAUGGAUUCUGGGAAGGUUCACACGCUAAACCUUGCAAAAGAGGUGAAUGAUCUCCAGGCCAAAAUAAAAGCUGUCACUCGCAAGAUGAUGGCGCAGGUGUCUGAGCUAUCAAUGACCCAAGCUGAGGCUUUGAAAUAUCAACAAGAAGUACGAGAUAAGGAAUCAACCCUUGAGCAAGCGUACAUCCGCAUGGAACGUGGUGAAGCCCCUACAAAUGAAGCUGCGAAGGAUUGGGAACGAAUGGUGAACGAUGAGAAUAGAAGGAUCGAGGACCGGCAGUACAGACAAGCUGUCCAGGAGGAAGAAGAGCAAUACAUUCUAGCAGGAGGAGCAACAACCACCGCGGAACCACGACCGAAUGCGUACAUACCUGAUGAUGACACCGAACUACCCGUACCACGACCUUAUGGUGCCAACGCUCCAUUCAAACCACAACAAUCGGGUGCUAACAUGAGACACAUUAGGAAACCAAUCAUCAAACCAAUUGAAAUUUAGAUCCUCAUUCUGUGACAAUACAUUGUCUGUGAACACAUCUCAAUAACUUGAAUGAGUGGAUGAUGUUAUUUUGUAGAUGAUCUAUAUUAAAUUAUUUUAAAAAAAUAAGUUGUAUAUUUGUGAAUAAAAUUUUAGCUUGCCUUUUAAUUUAUGACUUGAAUCUAUGAGAUGUGUUAAUGUAACAAAUCUCUUAUCUUAUGGUUUAGCAUAAGAGGAACCAUUAAAGAUCACCAAAAUUUCAUAAAGUUGGUUACAGACCCAUUAAUGAUGAUCAAGAGUAUUGUCAAGAUGAUACAGAGAUUGUUGCGAUGAUCCUUGAGUGUCAACUUUGCUACAGUAUGGGGUAGUGUUUGAAGGUGCAUUUUCAUCAUUAAUUUCUUUUUUUUUUACAUUUUUUUUUGUCUAGCAGUAUUUAUUUUUUAAAGAAACAAUACAGAUAUUCUAAUAUGAAAAUAAAUAAAUAUUGAUUACACAUUUACUUAGCCUUACUACUCACCAACAGAAGUAUCUUCCAUCAAUUGUCUUCUCACAAUUUAUAUUGUGGUUAUUAUAUAGAAUAAUAAUUUUCUAUGAAAAUUAUUACAUUUUUAUAUUUCAUCUAAUAUCGACUGAAAACCAAUAAAACAUCAAUUAUAUAUUAAAACUGGAUUGCUUAAAAGUAGAAUUCAUCUUUAUUAUUAUUAUUAUUCAUUAUAUUAAAAACUGGAAAAAAAGAAAAACUUUCGUUUUUUUUUUGUAUCACUUUAAAAAUAGUAAUAUUAAAUACAUUAGGACAAUGAAACUUCUAAAGAAGAAAUAGGUUAUCUUCCCAUGAAACUGUCUCAUUUAUACAGUACCAAACAAUAUGGUUCUUGCAGAUUAUAUUUUGUAUGUGUUUAGUAUUAGGGAAAUUCUUUCAAUUAUAUUACAGGGAACUAGUUCAACUAAUACAGUAUAUUAUGAAUAUAUUUUGUGUACAGUAUAUAGCAAUGUAUUCCUAGUCAAUUUGAUUGUGUUUGCUGGAUUGUUAAAUAUAUUACAACCGUCCAAUCAAGAUGCUCGAAUGAACCAAAGAACACGGUUUUCCACCGAAAAUUCUCAUUUACUGAUCUUCCUUUAUCUGAAUUUUGCAUUGAUAGGUUAUAAUAUUAUUUUGUGGAUCGCUUCAUACAGUAUGUAUCUGUAUCCUUGAUAUAAUCUUUAUAUGGUACAUUAUUUAAAUACUUCAUUUAAUUGCUAAACACUACUAUAAUUGAAUUGUAUUCCAUUGAUCAAUUCAAUUAUUUUUUCAUUGACUUUUCGAAGGGUUUUUUUUUAUUAUUUAAAUAUUAAAUGAAGCAUUUAAUGAGAAUAUAUAUAUAUAAAUAUAUAUAUAUAUAUAUAUAUAUAUAUAUGAUUAAUGUUUUAUUUAAAAUAAUUGAUUUAUUUAUAAUGUACCUGUUAUGCAAACUUACCACCUUUGUUUAUAUUAUGGUAAAAAUUACAUAAAACAAAUAAAUAAUAUUGUUUGCAUGUUAUACACAUCCAAUAUUAUCGAAAAUAAGUUGCAUACGAGUUUAUUAUAAUUUUUGUAUAUUUGAAAUAUAUUACUGUAUUAUAAAAUGUUUAUUGAUUUAUAUCUGAUAAUCAUCAGUAACAAUGUUUUCCAUUUAAAGGUGCAUUUUUUCCACUUCCUCUAGGUUUAAACAUUGCUUUGAUAUGUACAUAUUCACCACGAAAUAUGAUGUGUAAUAAAGUACAAUAUUAGGCGUAAA